AUAGGCGUGGCAGACAAGCUGAGACAACUCUGAAUGCUCUGAUUAUAGAUGAGGGGUAUUAUUCCUAUAUACAAGCCCUCAGGAAUAACAUCAUUUGAAGUUUGUGAUACAAUACGUUCUAUACUAUUAGGAGUAAGUGGAAUAUCAGCUCUUCCUCGAAACAAAGCACCCAGAACUAAAUCUAAAUUUAAGGUGGGUCAUGGUGGGACGUUAGAUAAAGAGGCUGAAGGUGUUUUAGUGGUGGGUGUUGGUGAAGAUUGCAAGCAUCUCUCUUCAUUUCUCUCUGGGUCUAAGGAAUAUAGUGCAAUUGGUAUUUUAGGUAAAACUACAACAACUUAUGAUGCAACAGGAAGUGAGAUAAAAACAUCAACGUACGAUCAUGUCACCCAAGAGUCAUUACAGAGAGUGGUUAGAUCAUUUGAGGGUGAAACACUACAAACACCACCUGUUUAUUCCGCUCUUAAGAUCAAAGGCCAGCGUGCAUCCAACUUAGCCAGAAAAGGAGAAACCGUUGACAUGAGUAGUAAGAGGAGACCUAUCUGUAUUUAUCAAAUCAAGCUGCAAAUGUUUUCGCCUCCAGAGUUCGGCAUUGUUUUAUCCUGUUCUGCUGGUACAUAUGUGCGGUCUUUGAUUUAUGAUAUUGGCAUCGCUUCCAAGACUGUUGCUUGCAUGAAGUCAUUAUGUAGGACAAAGCAAGGCCCAUUCACUCUUAGCCAAGCGCUCAAGCAAGAUAACUGGACAAUUGAUUGCUUAAGCAAUUUUGUAUCAUUUAAAUAAAUCAAAAAUAAGUUAAAGAGAGAUUGAUUAAGGUAAAUAUUAUGAAGCCAAAACUUAGGUUAAGUGUCUCAUAUUGUAUUAAUAAUCAUAAUCAUAAACAAUAAUAAUAAUAAUAAUAAUAAUAAUAAUGAUAAUAAUGAUAAUUUACAAUCAGUUAUUUUUGAUAGCGGACAU